AUGCUUAGGGUGAUCCCUUUUGCUUUAAAAGUAGAAGCCGAUACUUGGUUCAUGAGGUUACCGCCUAACUCUAUCAUAACAUGGGCCGAUUUUAGAUCUCAGUUCCUGGAUUACUUCGUUCCUUCCACAAAGACUAAUGCGCUGAAGAAGGAGAUCCAAAGAGCCCAUCAAGAUUGCGAUGAGCCUUUGACUCGGUAUUGGAAUAGGUUCAAGGGAAUGUUGGACGCCUACCCGAACAACCAUAUGAUGGAUGUGGGAAUCUUCAACAACUUCUAUGAAGAGAUUACACCCGAGAGCAAGGAUCCGAUGAAUUCUUCCAGUGGAGGUGAUUUUUCAAAACUACGGGUAAGUGAAGCCAAGAAGGUGCUGGAGAGACCGGUAAAUGCUACGAAAGCGUAUGACUCUCCCAAAGCCCUGAUAAUGAGACGAGUGGUAGCAAACACCACUGUGGACACAACAGAGGAUAGGAUGGAGGCAAGAAUGGAUCGGUUGGAAAAAGCUAUACUGUCUGCCAUGGAGAAAAAUACACAAACCGCUCCUAUGGAGAAGGUGAAGGUCGCAUCGAGUCAAGAGGAGAUGUAUCCUAGCUAUGGGCAUUCAGGAGAACAAGAUUUCCAAGCGCAGGCGAAUACAACUGGGAAUUGGAAUCUGUGGAAAAUCAAGGAUGCCCCAUGGAGGGAUCAUCCCAAUUUCAGGUGGUUUGAUCCGAACACAGCUCAACAACCACUGAUAAGACUCGUUUAA